AUGGAUGGAAAAAUAUAUUCGAUAUCAAAAAAGAUUUGCACCGAGUAUAAAGGUAUCUUAGACAGAGGAAAUCAGUUAUUUAACGAUCCUACUAUAGUCGAAAAUUUUGUCGAAGAAAGGGAUGAUCCGAAAGAGAGAUUACUAACAAAUCCUAAUAAUCGCCUUAAAAGGACAUUAUCCAUACGUUGGCGUGUAAUUUUGAAAAAAAUUGAUGAAGAGAUCAACAAGGUGAACUAUAACCCUAAAACAUUUUUGAACAGUUCACCGGGGAAGGCUCUCUCAAAUUCUUUAAAAGGUUUGCCGAAUGAAAUGGGAGAGUUGCACAAAAUAUUCCAGAAAAUUGGGAUCGAAUGUGAAAAUUUUAUGUAUCAAAAGGAAAGCAAUCUAUCUAACCAGAUGGUGCCCUCCAAUUUUAAUUCUUAUAACGUGAUCUCUAACCAUGGAUAUCCUGAGGGUCAAUCAAUGACCGGAAAUAAUCAGGGUUGUCAUUUGCCCUCUUCUAAUGUUUAUAAUCAACAAAUAUGGCAAAGACAACCUGGUUAUGUUCAAAAUUUUAAUCACAUACCCAAUUCAUAUUUGACCCAUAUCCCAUCCGACUAUAAUAAUCCAAAUGAGGUAUACAAUAAUCCGAACGAGGUAAGAUCUAUCACACCAUUUCAUUAUCCUAACUUUCAAAAUCAUAGCAAUAUUCCUCCUUGUUAUGCAAAUAUUAAUAACAUGCAAAAUCCCAUUUAUAAUUAUCCGUUCAUCCAAAAUGGAUCUUGUGAUGUACCUGCAAACAUUCAGAGACCUAUAAAUCAAAACGAUCAACAAGUGGCUCAAACAAAACCCUUGAAUGAAGAUAAUAGAUUACCAAAUUUCAAUUAUCCAUCUUCGCCUCAACAAAGUUGUAUAACUAACUAUUCUUUAAACACAACUCAAGAGAUUCACAACCCCGCUAAUUACGUUGAGGUUAUUACGGUGGACAAAAUAAAUUCCGACAAUCUGAAUGAGCGCUUACUAAAGAUUCCCUUAAAUAAUUCUCCAAAUAUGGAUAUUCCUGAUAAAUCGCCACAAAAUGCAAUACAGGGGGGAGCCGAAUCAGUAAUUAUCAAUAAUAUUUUAAUCCCGACCAAUUUGGUAGAGGAAUUUACUCGUACUUAUUAUUUGAAUCCAAAAAGCUUGCCCAAUAAAAAUGUUGAUAGCAACCCCCAUAUUGAACAAUGUUCGAAAGAUUCACAAUAUCAACCGAAAAAUGAUGGACACCAACAAACCAACUCGGUAAUUGAUUAUGUACAAAAUAAGUUGCCAAGCGAAGGGAACUUCGAUUUUUGCAAUCAUUUAGCUAUGAAUGGAUAUGCUAGAGAUGAUUCAAAUUUGAAAAAUCUUCCACAAUUUAAAGACUCGACAUCUUCUAUGCAAAAUUUUAACUCCAAUCUUUCACCACAAGGUCAAAAUAUGAACGUUUCCGAAUUGAUAAAUUGUUUCUUUGAAAAUCUAAGUUGCAAUAAUAGUGUAAAAAUGAAUACUGCGCUAAAGGAUACAAAUGAUACUUCUAGCCAAAUAGCCUACGGAGUAAUGAAUGUCAUACCAAACAUCAUAUAA